UAACGACUAUAAAUUGGCAGUCGACUACGAGAAGUCAGUUGCGUUUUGGACAGCUAGAAGUGCGGACAUAGUAAACAGAAUAGAUUCAAUAUGAUCGGAAUAUAUUUACUGAUCGGUGCAGUCACGCUGCUAUACGUCUACCUCAAGUGGACAUUUAGCUACUGGGAUCGCAAGGGAUUUCCCUCGACGGGAGUGAGCAUCCCGUUCGGUGCCCUGGAAUCCGUGACGAAGGGAAAGCGAUCCUUCGGAAUGGCCAUCUAUGACAUGUACAAGUCGACGAAGGAACCGGUGAUCGGAUUGUAUCUCACUCUGAGGCCGGCUCUACUGGUUAGAGAUGCUCAACUGGCUCACGAUGUGUUGGUCAAGGACUUUGCCAGUUUCCACGAUCGUGGGGUGUAUGUGGAUGAGAAGAACGAUCCCAUGUCCGCGAGCCUGUUCCAAAUGGAAGGAACCAGUUGGAGAGCCCUACGCAACAAACUGACACCCACCUUUACGACCGGAAAACUAAAGGCCAUGUUCGAGACCUCGGAUUCGGUUGGAGACAAAUUGGUGGACAGCAUUAAGAAGCAAUUGCCGGAGACGGGCGCCAAAGAGCUGGAACUCAAGAAGCUCAUGGCUACGUACGCCAUCGACAUUAUUGCCACUACUAUUUUUGGACUGGAUAUUGAUAGCUUCGCGGACCCCAACAACGAAUUUCAGGUUAUUAGUAGAAAAGUGAACCGAAACAACUUCGAAGAUAUUGUUCGUGGAGCAUCUAGUUUCCUGUAUCCCGGCCUGGAGAAAUUCUUUGUCCGAAUCGGCUGGAAACAGGAGGCUACAGAAAGGAUGCGCGAGUUGUCCAACAGAACCGUCGAUCUGAGGGAGCAGAACAAUAUAGUUCGUAAAGAUCUGCUGCAACUUCUGCUGCAGCUGCGCAAUCAGGGACAGGUCAACACCGACGAUAAUGUUUGGUCGGCGGAGAGUUCUAAGAAUGGUGUAAAGUCCAUGUCUAAAGAUUUGAUUGCCGGCCAGCUAUUCCUCUUCUACGUUGCCGGCUACGAGACCACAGCCUCCACAGCAUCAUUCACCCUAUACGAGCUAACCCAAAAUCCGGAAGUGAUGGAAAAAGCUAAGGAGGAUGUUCGCAGUGCCAUCGAAAAGCACGGCGGAAUGCUGACCUACGAAGCCAUCUCUGACAUGAAGUAUCUGGAGGCCUGUGUACUCGAGACUGCCCGCAAAUAUCCCGCUCUGCCAUUGCUGAACAGAAUCUGCACCCAGGACUACCCUGUGCCCGAUAGCAAGCUUGUGAUCACGAAGGGUACUCCCAUCAUAAUUUCCCUAAUCGGAAUGCACCGGGAUGAGGAGUACUUCCCCGAUCCGCUUGCCUACAAACCAGAACGCUAUCUGGAGGAUGGUAGAGACUACAACCAGGCGGCCUAUUUGCCAUUUGGCGAGGGACCCAGGAUGUGUAUUGGCGCCCGCAUGGGCAAGGUGAAUGUGAAGAUAGCGAUCGCCAAGGUUUUGUCGAACUUCGAUCUGGAGAUUCGGAAGGAAAAGCGUGAGAUUGAGUUUGGCGUGCAUGGAAUACCGCUGAUGCCCAAGUCAGGUGUUCCCGUGCGUCUGUCUCUCAAAAAGUAGUUCGUAGUUCCUAGUCUUGCAAUAGAACCAUGUAAACCGCACAAUAAACGUGCAAUUUGUAAUGAAAAUAUGGACAAACA